AAAGUCCCUGCUCCCCAAAGGCCAGAGCUGCAACGAUCAUGGCGGCAGUCCCGGUGUACAGCAUCACAAGGGCCGAGAUCGACAAGUUCUGGAGGAGGACGGAGGUGGAGGCAGAGGAGCGCCGCCUCGCUGCCGAGAAGGAAGCUGCAAGAAUCAUGGCCAAGGCACUCAAGAUGGAAGACUAUGUGCUCUUCGAACAAAUGAUGGGGGAGAUUCUCAAGGAGGGGAACACAGGAGAUGGGGCAACGGCAGCCAUGGUGCCAGCUGCCGGCGGCGGCACUGAGGCACGGAUCAUUGGCAUCAAACAUUGGUCACCUUCUUCUCCCACUGGGUGCAGGUGGACAAGAAGUACUUAUGCUUAUCUGAAUGCACCCGCACUGUCCAUGGAUGAGAAGGGCGGAAGCAAGCAUGCUAUCACAUAUGUUCCGCAGGAGAGAUGCACCAUGUUCUUCUCAUCAACUCCAUGCCAGCCAUAUUCCACUGCUUUUGCGAUCUUUUAGGUGCUCAUGCCAAGGAUAAGCUGGGACAUUGGGAAAUCAGGAAAUAUGGAUGUGAUUCAUGUGUCAGUACUUUGGGUCGCAUAUGCUGCACCACAUUGUUUCUCAUUUGGUAUUUUGAUUGUAUACCUUCCAGUACUGCUUACUAGACCAAGUAAUAAGUAUGGAUAACCAUGUUGCUUCAUGUACAAAGCAAGAUCGCUACUAAUGAGAAUUUGUCAACAA